AUGCCCCCCUCACCCCGCCCCAACAUCCUCUUCAUAAUGGCCGACGACCACGCCUCCAAAGCCAUCAGCGCCUACAACACCAACAUCAACCACACCCCUAACAUCGACCGACUCUACCACGACGGCAUGAAAUUCAACCACUGCUACGUGACCAACUCCAUCUGCACCCCCAGCCGCGCCACCAUCCUUACAGGCACCCACAACCACGUGAACGGGGUCAUGACCCUGGACAGCAAGAUCAACAAACACUUGCCCAAUGUCGCCAAGCACCUACGCACCGGCGGCUACCAGACCGCCAUGAUUGGUAAAUGGCAUCUAGGCGAGGGGGAGGACCAUGAACCCACGGGCUUUGAUUACUGGAGCGUGGUGCCGGGACAGGGGAGGUAUUUUGAUCCGGAAUUUAUUGAGAUGGGUGGGAAAAAGGUGGUCGAGCCGGGGUAUGCGACGGAUGUUAUUACGGAUAAGUGUUUGGGGUGGUUGAAGAAUAGAAGCAAUGGGGAUGAGAAUGAGGCUGGGGAGAAGAAGCCGUUCUUCCUCAUGUGUCAUCACAAGGCACCGCAUCGGUCAUGGGAGUGCCAUCCUGCUCAUCGGGGACUGUAUCAAGAGGAUGUGGUGAUGCCGGAUACGUUUGACGAUGAUUACAAGAACCGGGCGAAGGCCGCAGAGGUGGCUAAGAUGCGGAUUGAGAGUGACAUCACGUACUUCGAUUUGGGGCUGGUGCAGCCUGAGGGAGGCGCAGAGGUUGGGGAGCUGUUUGGGAGUCGGUCUACCGAUAGGAAGAUUCCUAAUGUGUCUGAUGCGGAUAUCGACGGGUUUCGAUUGAUUGAUAAGGAUACGGCGGAGGUGUUUACGUUCAAGAGUAAUGACGAGCUGCGCCGGUUCAAGUACCAGCGGUAUUUGAAGCGGUAUUUGCGGACGAUUCAUUCAAUUGAUGAGAAUGUUGGGAGGUUGCUGAAUUAUCUGGAUGAGGAGGGGUUGGCGGAGAAUACGGUGGUUAUUUAUACCUCCGAUCAGGGGUUCUUCCUGGGUGAGCAUGGCUGGUUCGAUAAGCGGUUCAUGUAUGAGGAGUCGUUCCAGAUGCCGUUUCUGAUAAGGUACCCCAAGAUUAUCAAGCCGGGAUCGGUCUGCGAUGAUAUUAUCUCUAAUGUGGACUUCGCGGCGACUUGGUUGGAUCUGGCUGGGCUGCGGAUUCCCUCAUACAUGCAGGGUGUGUCGUUUGCUCCGCUGCUUAAGGGGAAGACGCCGGCGGAUUGGAAACAGGUUGCGUAUCAUCGGUAUUGGAUGCAUCGGGAUCCUAUUCAUAAUGCGUAUGCGCAUUAUGGGGUCCGCAAUCAGCGGUACAAGUUGAUUUAUUGGUAUGCGGAGGAUUUUGACUUGCCGGGAACGCAGGAGGGUGGGCAGCCGAAGGAGUGGGAGCUAUUUGAUUGUGAGAAGGAUCCUCUUGAGCUCUUCAAUGUGUAUCAUGACGCCAAGUAUGCGGACGUGGUGGUUGAGUUAACGAGGCUGUUGGAUGAGACGAUGCUGGAGAUUGGGGACACCCCGGUGCAUUGA